AUGAAUUCAUUCCUUCGCCGUUUCACGACCUCCGCGUCGACCGCAAAGCCUCUAAUUAAGUCUUUGCAGUUCGACAUUGCCAUAGACAACAAGCCGUCCGGGCGCAUAACAUUUAAACUAUACGACGACAUCGUCCCCAAGACCGCGAAGAAUUUCAGGGAACUUGCUACGGGCCAACACGGGUUCGGUUAUGCUGGAAGCACUUUUCACCGUGUCAUCCCCACUUUCAUGCUUCAAGGGGGUGAUUUCACGCGACACGACGGCACUGGCGGCAAGUCGAUAUACGGGGAGAAGUUCGCAGAUGAGAAUUUCAAGCUGAAGCACGAGAAACCUGGACUACUGUCCAUGGCGAACGCUGGCCCGAACACUAACGGUUCUCAAUUCUUCAUCACUACUGUGGUCACAUCAUGGUUGGAUGGCAAGCACGUUGUUUUCGGUGAAGUAGAUGAAGGGAUGGAGGUGGUCAGGACCAUUGAAGCUCAGGGCACGAGGAGUGGGCGGACCAACGUCAAAGUCUCUAUAACGGCUUCAGGUACUGUAGAGUGA